AUGGCUCGUUGCACGCGUAAAGGUUGCGGUGUAGAAUUCAAGGAAGGGGAAGCGAGCACUUGCAAUUAUCAUCCAGGCACGCCUGUAUUUCACGAAGGACUGAAAUCCUGGUCCUGUUGCCAGGAUAUCAACAAGCCAGUGUUAGAUUUCGAUGAAUUCAUGACAAUCCCGCCAUGUACCGAAAUACAAGGACACACAUCAAAAGUUGAAGCCCCCAUCUCCCCUGCGCCAGUCCCAAGGUCUACGGUGAACGUAUCAUCAGAAACCACAUCGGAUGGAAAGGAAAUUUACCAGGUUGGAGGUGUCCACAAGGAUUCUUUGACCAGUUCUGCUUCGGCGAAACAAGAGGUGACUGCAGCUAUGCCCGCACCCCCACCUGUACCUGUUCUGGAAGUGGAUGACUUGAAUCAAGCAGUUCCUGUUGGUACACCUUGCAAACGGAAAGGCUGCCAUACAAUUUUUGUAAGUGAUGAACAAAACAGACAGGGAGAUGGAGAGGGAACCAUAUGUCGUUACCAUCCACUACCACCUUACUUCAGGGAAGGCAGCAAGGGAUAUCUGUGCUGUAAACGCAGAGUUUUGGAAUUCGACGAAUUCUUGAAAAUUGAAGGAUGCCAGACUGGUCGUCAUUGCUUUAUACCUGUAGUAACGGAACCUAAGGCGAGUAUACAUUCAUACCAUACUACCGAGGAGCAAGUUACUUGCCGGAUCGACCAUUAUCAGACACCCUCCCAAGUACACGUAUCUAUCUUUGCGAAGCAGGUUGACAAGGAACGAAGUACAGUAACAUUUGAAGAUAAUAAGGCCAUGCUGGACUUAUUUCUUCCGAACAACAGACGCUUCACGCGCACACUGGACCUUUUCGGCGGCAUCGAUCCAAGAUCAUGCACUUCGAAAGUUCUUGGUACAAAAGUUGAAUUGACCCUUCAGAAAAUCGAUGCACGCAGCUGGACUGUUCUGGAAAAGACAGACCGAGAUCUUGGUCCAAUUAGCUUGACAUUCGGUGUAGGGGGUAGGACAGGGACUGUCGGUGGGAAAGAGAUCAUUCUAGACGAGUCUAAUAAAUUGCGUACAUGA